AUGGCUGAGCCCCAGGUCGGUCUGACCAUCCCAGGGUCCUGUGGCCGACGGACCAUCCUGUCACGUGUGGUGGGUGGACAUGACUCCGAGCUUGGGCGCUGGCCAUGGCAAGGGAGCCUGCGUUACUGGGGCUUCCACGUUUGUGGAGUGAGCCUGCUCAACCACCGGUGGGUGCUCACAGCUGCGCACUGCUUUGCUAGGUCUGAUAACCCCAUUUCAUGGUCGGUCCAGUUUGGCGAGCUGACUUCCAGGCCAUCUAUGUGGAAUCUGGAGGCAUACUACAAUCGUUACCAGGUGCAAAAUAUUUAUCUGAGCCCCAAGUACCUGGGGUCACCACCCAAUGACAUCGCCAUGGUGAGGUUAUUCUCAGACAUCAGCUACAGUACUCAUGUCAGGCCCAUCUGUCUCCCGGCCUCCACAUCCGAAUUCCAGAACCGAACGAACUGCUGGGUGACUGGCUGGGGGAAUAUUGAAGAGAAGCAAGCUCUGCCCUCUCCCUACACCCUUCAGGAAGUGGAGGUUGCCGUCAUAAAUUCCACCAUGUGUCACCACCUGUUCCGAAAACGUGCUUUCCGUCUGAACAUCUUUGGAGACAUGGUUUGCGCUGGUGAUCCCCAAGGCGGCAAGGAUUCCUGCUUUGGUGACUCAGGUGGGCCCUUGGUAUGCAAAAAGAAUGGACUGUGGUAUCAGAUUGGAAUCGUGAGCUGGGGAGAGGGCUGUGGCCGGCCCAACCGACCUGGUGUCUACACUAAUAUCACCCACCACUUCAGAUGGAUCCAGAAGCUGAUGAGUGGCAUGCCCAGGCCAGACCCCUCCUGGCCACUACUUCUCACUCUGCUCUGGGCAGGUGUGACCAUCCCAAGCCCAUGA